AUGGCCAAGAAGAAAUCUGCAAGACAAAGGAAACUUCGUCUGAAGCAACAGGGUAGGGAGAAACUUCGGGAGGAACACCUCGUUUCCCAACCUAACUCAAGACCGGUUUCGCCAACGGGAAACCAGGCCCAUAGAAACUCAUAUAUGGAUCAUCAUCCGAGAACCAAUUCCAUGUCCUCUGCUCGAGAACGAAGAAUGAGCGAGUAUGACCAAAGCCCUCCAUUCAACAAAGACUUUGCGCCACUCACAGACCGUAACUUACAGACGUUGCUCGAACAAAAUAACGCCCAGCAUUCAUCCCACAUAUUUGGCCUGGUCGCGCUUGACAUGGACAAAUUUGCUCGUGAGCAGGAUGUUAGUCCUUACGAUGCCAUAGAUGCGUUCAGUAACCACAGUCCUAACUCUGGGGGCCUGCUCGAGUUUGGCGAGCUGAAUCCUCCAUCUGAACAUUCAAGUGAUUCUACUUCUCUUGAUGAUGUCUGUUAUCUAGAUUACUAUGAUGAUGAACAAGGACGCACCGGGCAGAUGCACAAAUGGCCAGACUUGGAAGUGCUAGAGGAAUUCAUUCACGAGGAGCUCGAGGAAUUGCAAGAUGAGCCUUCAGAACUCAACGAAGUCAACUUCAGAUACCCAGUUGCCAGGAGAGUCUCGCAUACACCAGAAGUAGCCGAUGAAGAUGAUGCCCCUCUUUUGAAUCGAGUUCAGGUGAAUGAAGUCGAUACAUGGGGUGAAUCCUCACUGUUCAAGGCUGCACGCAAACCUCUCAAGCCAUGGGAAGCGUCUCAGCUGAACAUCCACACUAUUCUUAACAACGGUAAAAAGAAAUCAGACACCUUGUGCAGAUUCACAUACUUCAGGGAGGAUUUGGACCAGACACUUCACUCGCCAACACUAGCGGGCCUUGUUGCCGACAGUGAGAAAGCGGAUCUCUCUGAUGAAAACUAUAUUAGGAAUUCCUUGAAGGAACUCUUCGAUCCACACUUCCAAAGCAUUCAUCAUCGUCUGCCUCGCGCGACUACUCCUGGUCCGGAUACGCAUCAUGACGGUAUCAAUGGUAAAGAUCAGCAAGGGAAGGAACCUCACCAUAGCAGACAGGGGUCGGUUCCCCCCAAUGUCAGCAGAUCCUCGGCAGCGGCUCAAAAUUUGAAAGGUAGCACUCCUCAGGCAGCUGCUUCACACUCAUCUCUCGCACAUUUCUCUGGAGGCACAACGUCCGUCAAUUCCCUUUCGACAUCCCCUCAUUUGCAUCACGACCCCUUUUGGCUCGACAUUCAAGACCCGCUGGAAGAAGAAAUGAAAGUGAUCGCCAAAACUUUCGGAUUACAUCCCUUGACUACAGAGGAUAUUUUCAUGGAUGAGGCCCGAGAGAAAGUUGAAAUGUUUAAUCUGUACUACUUCCUUUGUUUCACAUCCUUCGAUAUCGUCUACGAACGUAGAAAACAAAAGGAGAAAGAGAACGAGAAAAAGAUUAACAAGCUUAUGGAAUACAAUUAUCAGCCAAGCAGGUUUAGCUGGGGGUGGUUUCAAAACAAGUUGGGUUGGAAGGACGAUACAGUUUUACGCUCAAAUGCGAAGAAGUCUGGGUCCUCUUCGAUCAAGUCAAAGUCGAAGAGAAUCAGGAACGGAGAGUUGUGUCCAUUGAACAUGUAUAUGAUCGUUUUUAAGCACGGCGUAUUGACUUUCCAUUUCAGUGCCACACCACAUCCGAUUAAUGUGCGUCGUCGGGCACGUAUGUUGAAGGAUCAUUUGACAGUCUCUCCAGAUUGGAUUUGCUACGCUUUGAUUGAUGACAUCACAGAUUCUUUUGCCCCAAUGAUCGACAGUAUUGAGGCAGAAGUGUACCUCAUAGAAGACGAGAUCAUGAGAAUGCACUCAGGAGAUCGUGAAUCAGCAGAUGAAAGCGAGGACUCUGACCUGGAAUCAAUUGCCGAUCUCCAAGAUAAUCGACCUAGACAUUCCAAUGAUGUAUUUGUGCGUCGUCACAGAUCGAAGUCAGUUGUUGAAACCACUGAGCCUUCCAAGCUUGACUUCUUACGCUUGAAGAAGAGAGACUCUAAGGGCGACUACUUCUCUCUUAAAUCAAGGCGCAGUGCUAUUUCGAAAACUACAACCACCACAAGUACUGACCUGUCUAGAAUAGUUGCAUGGAAGCGUAAAGGCGACAUGUUGAGAAGAAUUGGCGAGUGCAGAAAAAGAGUCAUGUCUGUCAUGAGACUUUUGAGUACCAAGGCCGAUGUGAUUCGUGGCUACAGUAAGCGUUUUAGUGAAAGCGAUGUUGUGAAGCCAGUGGAAGAUAAUCCACUUAUAUCUACCCGAUCAGCCACAAAGCAUGAGAUCUUGAUGUAUUUGGGUGACAUUCAAGACCAUAUAGUCACUAUGGUGCAAUCUCUCAACCACUAUGAAAAACUUUUGGCUCGAUCUCACUCAAACUACUUGGCACAAAUCAAUAUUGACAUGACAAAGGUCAACAACGAUACAAAUGAUGUUUUGGGAAAGAUUACAGUUCUCGGUACGAUAGUGUUACCGGUGAACGUCGUCACUGGUUUGUGGGGUAUGAACUGUAUUGUUCCAGGACAAGAUGCUCCUGGCCUCACCUGGUUCUACGGGAUUUUGUUUGGAAUUUUCCUUUUCAGCAUAACAUCAUAUCUCUAUGCCAAGAAGGUAUAUAAUCUUUAA